AUGCGCUUCAUCCAGCUGCUUCCCGUCCUCCCAGCUUUGGCUGCGGCGCAAGAACAGGUUCCCAUCGGGGACCGUGUUCAGGGUUGGUUCAACAAGGCCAAGUCUUACCUGCCAACCGCCACCCCCGUGAUCCCCCAGGUCGAAAAGGUGGUUGAGCAGAAGCUUCAGGAGAAGGUUGUCACCAACUUCAACCUGAGCAACUGGCAGACCCUCCUCGAGCCUUCUUCUGACCCUCAGAACUGGCUGCUUUAUAUCACCGGUGGCAACAAGACCUGCUUCGGACGCUGUGGCCAAGCGGAUAAAUCGUUCAACGAAUCCGUCCUCCUGUUCUCUGCCGAUCCCACCGCGCCCAACCUCGGUCGCUUGGACUGUGAAUCGAACCAGGUUCUGUGCUCUAUCUGGUCUGCCGGUGCUCCGUCGGUUUGGCACUUCCAGGUUCCCCAGGCCCAGCUUGGCGAGGAACGUCCUUCCACGACGCUCCACACUGUGAACCUGAACACCACCACCGUGACCGCCGAAACCAUCUACAAGAUCCACUCUGAGAAGACCUACGAGAACAAGCCUGCCUACGAGGGUGCUUUCCACCCCACGGAUAGCUGGCUUGCCCAGAACGGCCUCUUGAUCCCCGUUGGCUAUGUCAUCUACGGAUUCAGCGCCAUCCCCAGCUGGCUGUUCAUGAUUGGUAUCAGUUUCUUCAGCCGUACCAUGAUGAGCCGUCGUCUUGGAACCCCCGGGGCUCCUGCUCAGGCCCCCGCUGCUCGCGCUAAUUAG